GUUCAGAUGCAAGACACGUUACACGUUCCGGCCUACCAGGAAGCGGGUUAAUUUACGCCAAACACAAUAUGGCGUCUACAGCCAAUCGCUAGUGCUUGUUGGCGUCAUCUAAGCGCGACGUCGAUGGCUGCGGGGAAACUUGGAGACCAGAAACAGCAACGAGGAACUGUAUGAAAACUAAGGGAGAUAAGUGUGGAGAUCAUUUGCUAGAUCGUUUUCGACUGUGAGCUGCAAAUAUGAGCACACAGUACAGCAUUCUUUUCAAGCAAGAACACGCCCAUGAAGAUGCAAUAUGGUCAGUAGGAUGGGGUAAAAACUCAAAUGAUGGGUCUGAGUUGGUGAUCAGUGGUUCCCUGGAUGAUUUGGUAAAGGUGUGGAAAUGGUCUGAUGAACGGUUGGAGAUGCAAUGGGCAUUGGAAGGCCAUCAGCUCGGUGUGGUAUCCGUGGAUGUUAGCCCUAGUGGGAACAUAAUGGCUUCCAGUUCCUUAGAUGCUCACAUUCGCCUGUGGGAUCUUGAAAGUGGGAAGCAGAUCCGCUCCAUUGAUGCAGGACCAGUGGAUGCUUGGUCUGUAGCAUUUUCACCCGACUCCCAACACCUUGCAACUGGAAGCCAUGUAGGAAAAGUAAACAUUUUUGGUGUGGAGACAGGGAAGAAGGAAUAUUCACUGGACACAAGAGGGAAGUUUAUCCUAAGCAUUGCAUAUAGCCCAGAUGGGAAAUACUUAGCCAGUGGAGCCAUUGAUGGGAUCAUAAACAUAUUUGAUAUUGCUACUGGGAAACUCCUCCACACGUUGGAAGGACAUGCCAUGCCUAUAAGAUCCCUGACUUUCUCCACUGACUCCCAGCUGCUGGUUACAGCAUCAGAUGAUGGCUAUAUCAAGAUUUAUGAUGUACAACAUGCCAGCUUGGCUGCCACCUUGAGCGGGCAUGGUUCCUGGGUGCUGAAUGUGGCAUUCUCUCCGGAUGAUGCUCAUUUUGUUUCCAGCUCCUCUGACAAAAGCGUAAAGGUGUGGGAUGUAUCUGCCAGAACGUGUGUGCACACUUUCCUAGAUCACCAAGACCAGGUUUGGGGUGUAAAAUACAACAGAAAUGGAUCUAAAAUUGUCUCUGUCGGUGAUGAUCAGGAAAUCCAUGUGUAUGAUUGUCCUAUCUGAUGCUCCAUGGGAGGAGUUCUGGACACACACAUCAUUGUAUAUGCUCUCCUCUUCACUCUAUGAAACUGUCUAUUGCUGUUAAGCAUUGGGUGCACUCACAAGCAAGUUAUCUUAGUUUUUCUUUGCACCUUUAACAUGCUACGGCUAUACUUGUGUAAAUACAAUUUCUGCAUUGAAGCAGACCAUUUCCCUAAUGAUUUGACCAUGAUUUAUCCAAAUAAAUGGAUUUUUAAGUACA